AUGGGUGUGAUGAGCGACCCCCUGGGCUGGCUAUUAUUGCGACACAUCCAUCUGCUGACCUUGACUAUCGACCACGGAAACGUCUUGGGGAAACGUCUUGGGGAGCUCUCGACGCUCCUUUUCGCCAUGGGCUAUCAUCAGCUCGACGUGGGCGAGCAUUUGCCGUUCUUCCUCAUCGAAGGGCGUAAGCGACUGAUGGUGCUCGCCUAUUCCUGUGACAAAGAUCUAGCUACAUUUCUUGGGUGUCCGCCUUUAAUAGCGUAUCGAUUCUGUCGCAUUCAACUUCCCCUGGACCUCACACCGGCCGAGGUAUGUGCCAACCCACUCAUGCGGGAGGCUGCGAUCGGAAAAUUGAACACCAAAGGUUGGAAUACUAUAGAACCAAUCAAAGGGGUCACUUGGAGCCGGGUGGCCUUGCUGCUGGGUCACGUCCGCGAGCUUGUGCUAGAAAUUUCCCUUGAUCGCGAAGAUGUUGACGUCCGACAAAGAGCUGAUAACAUAUCCACAUUGUCGCAGCAGGUGCGCAAUGAUUUACCAUCCUACCUACAUUGGGAUGGAAGCACUGAAAGUACACUACGUCUGAGGAGUACCAUUCCCGUCUAUAUUCAUCUUGACUUGCUGUACAAUAGUUUCCUUUUGCAGCGGAUCCUGGUCAAGCGAUCAUUGACCGAGUCCGAGACUCUCGUCAGCCUCGCGCACCAGAUUAUCCAGGCAAUGCUUGCUCUGAUUGCCGUAGGUCAUCGAUGUGGGAAUUCUUUUAGCGAACUUGGAUGGACGGUAUUCUCGCCUAUCUUCUUGCGCCCCUUAAUCCCCUAUUUCGGUCUCCCCUCGGCCGGGAUUCUCGCCAUCGAGGUCCUGCGCCAGACCCAGAAUGCCCGCCCGUGGCCGGGCGAGAGGCUCUUUACUCGUUCAGACGUAAUACAGAGUCUCGGAACUCUCGCCUCGCAUAUCCAGUAUAUCACACUGCCGCAGAAGGGUAAUUACGAGAUCUGUCAACAAGGACGCAAGGUCAUAUUGCAAAUUUUAGACUACGUGCUCGCCGCGCCAGUCGAUGCUGAUUGGCUCGAUGAAGAUUUGUUAAAUGAUGGGACACACUUCCUCCGGUGGAUUGAUGGGUUCAGUUGGAACGAGUAA